CUCACUCACACAUUCAUUUCUCAAAAACCAAAACUUUUUCCUCUCAGUCUCAGUCCUUAAUUCAUCACAAACCAACAACUCAACAUAGAAAAAAUCUCAUCAUAUCAAGCCACAUUCAACAAUGGCUGAAGAAGAUCCACAAGAAAAGGUCGACCGUGAGCGCAUUUUCAAGCGCUUCGACACCAACGGUGACGGGAAAAUCUCUGCAUCGGAACUAGGGGAUGCAUUGAAAACCCUCGGCUGCGUUCAAUCGGACGAAGUGAAAUUUAUGAUGGCAGAGAUUGAUACCGACGGUGACGGCUACAUUUCGUACCAGGAAUACAUAGCUUUUGCUAUAGCUAACCGUGGUUUAAUGAAGGAUAUUGCUAAGAUAUUUUAGUUAUAUGUUCUAUUCAAUUUAUUUAUGUCAUUCUCUUUUAUGUGUGUUAAUGUGACUCAUUCCAUGCCUAUGAGACGUGCAUUGAUUGUUUUUCUUCAUUUUGAAUUUUUCUAGAACAGAAAUGCUUUGGUAGUUUAACUGUAAACUUCUUAUUUUCUCAUCCUAUACAUAUGGUACAUUUAAUUCAA